AUGGCCCCAGUGUCCAUCACAUGCAGCCAUUCCCGGAUCUCCAUCAUGGUCCCGGCUGCUCUCCUGGGGCCCCGUGUGCUCCAUGGGGAGCUGACCCUGGGCUCUGGCUGUGGGGUGACGGCUGCUGAUGGGGAUGGAUUCCGGCUGGAGCAUCCCCUUGUGGGCUGUGGGACCAGGAUGGAGCUCCUCCCUGACACCAUCCACUACAGCAACAUCCUCCACUACAGCCCCAUGGCCAUGGGGCCGGUGGCUCACACCAGGCCCUUCUCCCUGCCCGUGCACUGUUACUACCCCAGGAUGGGCAGCAUCUCCUCCGGACCCAUCCAACCCACAUGGGUCCCAUUUGGCUCCAGCAUCGCCCAUAGGAGACACUUGCGCUUCGCCUUGGAUGCCUAUGACAGGACCUGGUCCUCCCGCCUGCCGCAGCCCAGCUAUGCCCUGGGGGAGCUGAUGAACGUGGAGGCAUCGCUGAGCACGGGUCUCAUCCUGCCCAUCAGGGUCCUUAUGGAGCAGUGCGAGGCCACCCUGGGUGCUGGGCCCUGGUACAAGGUCAUUGACAAGGGGUGCCUGUUGGAUGGGCAGCUUGGCCGAUCCCGUUUCCUGCCCCAGCAUGGGCACCGCUCCCUCCGCUUCCAGCUGGAUACCUCCCUCUUCCCAACCGCCUCCAGCAGCCAGAUCCAUCUCCGCUGUCACCUGAGGGCUGUGGCUGAGGGCACCGGCAGCUCCAUGGGCAGAGCCUGUUCCUAUGAUCCCAUAUCCCAUUCCUGGCAUUCCCUGCAUGGAGCCGACUGCUCCUGCUGUGCUUCCCCAUCCGGCUGCAGGACCCGGCUCCGGCGCUUCACCACCGGCCCAGUGCUCCUGGGGGAAGCCAACAUCCACCUGGGCCCUUUGGAACUGCUCCCGGCUCUUCCCAGCUCAUCCCUGCUCCCCACAGCAUUCCCUAUGGCACCGGAGCCAUCACCUCACAGCCCCUCGGUACCCAUAGUGAGGGGCGAGAACAGGGACUCGGGCCUGGCUCUCCCCAUCCCUGGCACCACAUUGGCCAUGGUUGCCAUGAGCUCCAUCCUCGCUGCCGUGGCCAUCACCGGCUGCUAUUGCUCCAUGCGGAGGCACUGGGGUGAGAACCGGAGGGGGGGCCCCGAGGCAGCUCCACGGGACCCUGGUGCCAUGGUCCUGGCCCCCCCCAUAGCCAUGGGCACCCCUGGGACCCCCCCUGCUCAUGGGGAGCCCCUCGUGGUGUCAGCAUCCUUGGUAUAG